UCUAGAAUUUAAUUACUGCAACCCAUAUUAGAUUGUGGUAGGCAACAAAGACAACAUAUGGAGGAAGCCGGAUUAAAACCCAGAAUUGAAGAGGCUGUGAAGCUGGUUGCAAAACUGGGUCAGGAUAAGCUUUUGUUCACUGAAACAUUGAUGCAAAGGAAGUUUGAUAGAGGCAGUUUACUAUCUCUGAAUAGUUAUAAAGAGAAAUUGGUACAUUCUAUGAUUCAAGAAAGGAAGAAAAUAGAUCUACUGGAACUACUCAUACAUAAGCUUCGUUUCACAGACGAUGUUUACCAAAAGAAACCAAUUAAGGCAUCCCUGUCAGCUCAAGAGAUGAGGAAACAUAAUUUGCAUUUCCGGAUGGCUCAUGGAAGCAAGAGUUUGGCUACAGAAAAGCGGCUUCUGAAAGAGAUCAAAGGGAGCCAGAAGCAGGAGGAGGAGGAGGAGGAAGAGAGUUUUGCUUUAUUUUGUACUCAAUGCGAAGCAGAUCUUGCAUAUGUUACUGAAAAUUUGAAAGGGACUACAGACUAUACAAAGCACAGUAGGUACCCCAAUUGGUGGUGGUAUAUUGCUCGUCAUGAAAUGAAAUGGUGGUUGCAACACCAGAUGCCAUUUCUGAUCAGCAAGGAAAAUAUCACAGACCGCGGGGGAGAAAUCAGAGAUCUUGAAUGCAGAAUAGAAAGAUGUGAAGUUGUACUGCUAAAGAAAGCAGAUAAAGAAGAAACUGCUAAUAAUAUAACUACAAAUGCUAGUUCUACUCUUGUGCUGAUAACAGAACUGCAACUUCUGUGAAGGGACAGAUCUGGACUUCUUUGACAUCCAAAAAAAAAUUACAGGAACAAAUUAAGCUUGCUGGUAAGAAUAUAGAGGAAUCAAGGAAAACUCAAUUGGCUCUUGGUCUCGGACCACAAAUCAGUCAAGUUCAGAGAGAACUGGUGGCUCUUGAAAAGUGUAGCCAUUUAACCAAAUACUGGUAUCAUUUCCACACAAUUCACAAUUGUGAAAUAAUGCAAAGUUGUCAUAGGUGGUUCAAGUGUCAAAUCAGUCACUUGCCUUUUGAUUUGUAGGUAGUUAGUACUAGUAAACCGAUGAAUCAAAGUUAUGCUAGUUAUUGCACUAUUAAGGAUUCUCUUUAUAUGAAUGCAGGUGGAGAUAUGCAUGUC